AUGGCAGCAGCACUUACUGACUUUGAACACGCCAUUGAUUCUUCCUCUAAAGAGAAGUGUCUCAAGGCACUGAAACAAGCUCGGCGUGAAUUGAAUGCUUUACAAGAAAAGCUUCAUCUUUGCCUUCAGUUUGAAAGAAGAAUUAUUCUCUUAGCUACCGAGGGUGGAACCAGUAUGUGA